AUGAAUAUGGCUGCAGAUUUGAUUCCAAGAUUUGAUGGAAGGGAGGCCUAUUGGGGGCUGAUCCAAGCUGAGCAAUAUUUUGGGUCAAGAAGAAUGAGUGCAGAGAUGAAGCUUGAGUGGGCUGUGGCAUUUGCAUUGAGAGGAGAUGCCCUUGAUUGGUGGAUUUCUUGGAAGGAGAGUCAUCCAAAUACUUGUUGGUGGAAUUUUGCAAAGGCCAUUCUCAAGAAAUUCCAACCAGAAGUUUGGGUUUGUCUACUGGAGUCUGAAAAUGAAACACAGGAAAUCCAAGGCAGCGGUAAAAUUCAAGAACCAAUAGCAUCUCCAACCGAAGAAAUGAUUGGUGGUAAAGUUGAAGACUCACAAAUCCAACAAUACAGUGAAAAAGAAGUUUGUAAAGUGGAUAUCAAAUCUGAUUGUGAAGGCGACAAAGUGAAAAAUACAGAUUCAUUGAUGGCCGCUAGUGAAGCAAAGGUCCAUAGAAGUGACAGAGAUUCGGCUAUUUCAUCACAGGCAAAAGACUCAUUAUUGUCGGUGUUUGCUACUAUUCCUAAGAUAAAGUUUAGGAACAAGAAAUUUCCACUACUGGUGCCAUUGUGGCCACAAAAUCUGGUCACAAGAGGACUGCCAUUAGCAAGGAAAUUUCCUAUUUCAUGUACAACUCAACCUUUAUUUUUCAUAUUAUGGGAUCCGGGAGGAUAA